AUGGACAUCCCCCGAGGCCAUGCCAUGCUCCCGCUCAACGAAAGCGACUUUCUUGACUUCAUUUUCAAUUAUUUCAAAGCCGAAUAUGCGCCCAUUCGAUCGUUCUGGUCAACCGCGACUGCAGACCCGCGACAACCGCAGCGAUGGGUCAAUAUGGGCCAUGAGCUCCAGCCCCUCAGUAUCCGCCCAGCAAACGCUCAGGCACAAAAGGACCUCGAGUCUCUCGACUACUUUACACGAAGAUGGAACCUCGAUUCUGGAUUCGUAAGGGGUCUGGUCGUUCGCUUCGCAAAGUACGAAGUGCACGAACGGCUGGAGAAGAAGUUGUAUGAAUGUGCACGCCUCGAUCUGAUGGUCCGGAAGAGUUUGAAAGAGAAGCAUCUCAUCGACGCGCUCUGGCCAAGUCCUGCACCUCGAAGCGCGCCGCAUGAGCUGUUGGCACAAGGCGUGCAAGUCAGGAGGUGGUAUGGCGAUAUGUUUGCGAAGUACUUUUCGGUCCUGCAUUCAGUCGAGGACUUUGAACUCAGGCCCGAGGUUGAUUUGAGAUACAAGAGUGGCACGCUCAUGCUGGUACCUUUUGUGGAUCACCUGGUGAUUGGAGAUGUGCAGCCUAUCACGCCAAUUAUUGCGAGGGGGUCUGGGUAUGUUAGCAAGAAGCCACUGGAUAGCAGAGGAUCGAGUAGGACUGAUGGAUAUGGAGAGCCCGAUCAAUUUGAGGUCAGGUUUAAUGCUCCGGUGCAGUUGGACGAGACGUAUACAAAGAGCGUGGUUAGACAGUGUCAGUGCAUGAAAUGCGGGACGAAAAGGGAUGUUCAAGUCGUGGUCUCUGUGGAUCCAAAUCCGAAUGGUGGUGCGAAUGCCGGUGCUUCUGCAUCGAAGCAGUCAAUCGCAGCAAACACGGCGGUUCAAAGGCGAUUGAAAGCCACGGAAAGACAUGAGCACAGGCAAGAAGAGAUCGCUCCACCACAGCCACCACGACCACAAACUCGAACGCAACCUCAACCCGACCAGCGGCCUUCAACACCAGAACAGAAGAAGCAAUGCCCGCGGUGCACCUUCCUUAACCACGCCAGUCUCACCGAAUGCGAAAUGUGUCAAGCAGACCUCCCUUCCACAACCAUUACAAAGCCACAAAGCCCUGUGACACCUAGGGUAUCGCACUCCCACUCCGCCUCUCUCCCACCACCAAUCACCGCGCCCAACCGACUCAAAGCCGAGGAGCGCCCUGGACCACCGAACAGACACAGCCUCAGCUCCACGCUAUUCUCAAUCUUCCCAUUCUCGCAGCAACACCAACAGGAGCACCACGCCAAGCUACCAGCAACACAGCAGACCGACGUAGCGGUAGCGACCAGCAGUAUCGAACCAUCAAGGCCCGAACCACAAAGGGCUGUGAAGCAGCAAUCCAAGCGAAGCCGGGACUCAGAACCAAAGUACCGCGCCGACCCAGCAAUUUCAUCGUCUGCUGCGGGGCCCGCGCCCACAGUACAGGUCACGAAUGCACCCACAGUGACGCCGCCACCGCGACCUGAAUCCCCCAAACCUCACCUCACUGAUGCGAUGCCUGAACCCCCGCUUUCACGCCCGCCAGAAAUGGCCAUGAUGCCCCUCACGCCUCCACCUGCAAGCUCGCAGCACCAGAGACAGGUACCUGUUGGUCUGCCGAGUCACCUCAUGGAUGAGUAUGUCCCAGCGUCGCCUUCGUUCCCGGCAUCUGACGAGGAGGAGGAUGCUGGAUGGGGAGAUUUGAGGCGGAAAGAAUCGAAUCGCGCGAGGGAGGAGAGUGAUGAUGAGGGUGACGAGGAAGACAAGGCGGCGUUGGUGGAUCUUGAUGCUGUAGCGAGGGAGGAGAUGGGUGUUUGGGGGGAGAGGGAGGAUGAAUGA